GAGGUCAGUUAAAAACCGUUGGUGGUCAUUAGAGUCCUAUUCAACACAAAGUCCGUCGAGAAGCUUUGGUGACUUGUUUAAAGCAUGCAAAAAGCAUUCAACUUCAAACUGUUGGUGCCCUCAAGAGCUCAUUUACAUCAAGUGUCUGCAGUGAAGCCUCAGGAAACAGGCUUGUUUGAAGAAAAAACGCUUUUUUCUGCUUCAAAUCAGAGUUAUAGUAAGUGUUCAGAUAUGGAGACGAGCCUGCCAUUUCCAUCCAAAAUGGUGCUUCCUACUAAGUCACCAAGGGCUGAGGGUAUGAAGAAGGCUGCAGUCUUGCCAAUGGAAAAGGAAGAGACGUCUUUAAGAUCUAGCCAGCUGUACUCCAAACUGCUCGAUGAAGCUGAGAAAAUCAAACUCUGGAAGUUCAGAACCGAUUCAGAUAUUUCACAAAAAGACAGAAAAAUUCAGGAGAACAGAAAAACCAUAGAGACACAGCGCAAAGCUAUUCAGGAGCUGCAGUUCGCAAAUGAAAGUCUAAGCAUUAAAUUAGAGGAUCAACUCAAUGAGAAUGAAGACCUUAGAAAUAAAACUAAUGCAACCAGAAAUUUGUGUAACAUACUAAAGGACACAUUUGAGAGAACUGCUGAGAAAAUGAAUUUUUUUGAAGCUGAACGAGAAGAAACUCAUGAUCUGUUCAUGCAGAUCAGUGAGAAUGUUCAGAGGAUGGUGGCAGCAUUUGAAAGUCUUCGGAAGCAGGCAGAAGCAGAUCAGCAGGAUAUGUUAAAAUUAAGAGAAUGCCUUGCACAGUUUGAAGAUCUUAAAGUGCAGCUUGAGAGUGAAUGCCAUUUCAAGGAGGAGCAGGUUGCCAUUUUUCAAGAAAAACUCCAAAAGAAAGAGAAUGAUUUCAAAGAUGUUUCCCUCAAACUUCAGGAGACACAGCACAUCUGCAGUGUGCUAGAGGAGUCUUCAAGAAAACACCAGGAACUACUCCACAGUGCUACACAGGACCGAGAAGCACUUGAAGAGAAGCUCAAUGUGAUACAGCAGCUCAAAUGGGAGCUGGAGGAAAACCAGAGAGUCUUAACUUACAAACUUGAACAAACCAUGGAAAACCAUGAGAAACUUUUUCAAAAGAAAGACACAGAAAUAGAGGACCUGAACAACAUCAAAGAGCAACGGACAAACCAACUUGCGGAUAUGCAGCUGACAGUGAAUUCUUUGCAGUCCUCACUAACGUCUGAAAUACAGAGGGCACAAGACCUUGAGACAAAACUAAGCUCAGUGAUGAAUGAUCUCAGUGAAAAAAAUGCAGAAAUAGAAGUUACCAAGAGCCAAAAUGUGGACCACUGCGAGCAAUUACAGAUACUCAGAAAAGACCUGGAUGAGAAGUCCAACUCUCUUUGGUCCAUAAAGGAGGAAUUAAAGGCUAAUGAGACUCAGAUACUCAAACUGAUUACCUCACUUGAAGAGAAACAAAGUGAAGCAAAUCAUUUGAAGGACACAGUAGAGAACAUCACCACAGAAAAUAAAAGCAUGCAGGAGACCCUGACUAAAGUUAGAUGUGAAAAUGAAAACCUUCAAGAACAAGUCAGUUUGAAAGAGGCUAAAUUGAAAGAGAUGGAGGAAGAAUUGUCAGGAGCUUUAGAGAGUCGUUGUAAAUCAUCAAAAAAGGUGGAAAAAUUGGAGAGGGACAUAAAACAAGAGAAGGAAAAAAAUAAGGAGCUGAAACUGAAGCUUAAUGACCUGCAGACACAGAAAGACACCAUUCAAAAGCAGGCAGAGAGUGGUGCCUUAGAAAAGAAAGUCCUUCAGUGUCAACUAAUGGAAAGCAAAGCAAAUGCAGAAAGAGAGAAGACUGAAGUAGAGAAACUUGAGAGAGAAAAACGACAGCUUCAAGAGCAGGUAGAUAUUUUAUCAGCAAAAAUCACUGGGCAAGAUGAAGAGAGUAGAAAUGUUCAGGAGCAGUUGAGAGAGAGUGGCAAAGGUGCAAAGAAAGAACUUCUGAUGAAAGACAAGCAAAUCAAAGCUCUGGACACAAAACUGACUAAUCUUAAAACAAAACUAGAAACCAAAACAAAGGCUCACGAAGAAUGUCUGAAAGAGGUGAAGGAAUUGAAGGAAGAUUUGGAUCGUGUAAAGAAACAUCACAACGAGGAGCUUCAGAAAAUAAGAUCAGACCUUCAUGAGAAAUCCACAUCUGAGGCACAACUCGACCUUGAGGUGCAUAAAUUGAAGCAAACAGCCACGGAAGCAUUGAAGAAUAAAGAUGAGACCGAAAUCAAAUGCCAGCAGAAGAUAUCAGACAUGGUUGCUUUGAUGGAGAGGCACAAGCAUGAGUAUGACAAAAUGUUAGAAGAAAAAGAUGCAGAGCUGAGUGAAAAACGAAUGAAAGAAGCUGAAGUCAAUGCAAGCAAAGCCUCACUGGAACUGGAGCUGUCCCACUUGCAAGUGGAGAAUGAUGAGCUGAGAGAACAACUUGAAAAGCUAAAAGCAGAAAAGGUGGUCCUGAAGACACCAGUGUCACGUUGUGAAAAAGACACACUUCAGCAGAUAACUGACAACAAAGCAAAGAAAGGUAGAAACAAAAUGUCCAAAACACCUAAAGCUAGCUGCACGAAGAGGAAUGUUUACAAUCUUUUAAAUGAUGAAGAAAAUGAAUCUCCAACAAGCAAUGCAUCUUGCACUCCUGCUCGAGAAGUGCAGGAAGUCCUUCAUAACCCAUUAUGGACCCGGAGCAAAGCAACUGGAACAACGCCUCAAAUAAAGUCAUUCCGAAUUCGCACACCUCCCACACCUGCGAUUAUGGGGUCUUGGAAGAAAAAUAUUUUGAAGCUGGACCCGAAGUCAGACACCUCAGACAGCAAUGAUAUACUGAGUUUCUCUCCAAGACCCGUUAAAUCAAAGAAACCAAUGCAGCCAAAAGAUCCAAACACAGAGAGCCUGGACAUGUUUAACAAGGUGCAGGUGCAGAGUUCAUUCAUGAAUAAGUCUCCAGGUACAGCGUUGAAACUGGCUGCGAUAAAGCGAAUGCGAGAUGCUGGAUGGACCACCGUCAGCAGUUCAGAUAAGAAGAAAAAAAAAGUAACAGACAAAAUCUUUGCUUGAAAGUGUUUUUGUUAAACAUUACAGCUUCUGCUGAGUGAGCAAAAAUAUUUACAUUAUUUAUUCUAAGGUUUCAGUAAACAUUUUCUCCGUAAUAUCUUCGUUUAAUAUACAGUACCUUAAAAUCUUUAUUUAAAUAACCUGUUCUGUCGCAGUUAGUUAAAUACUUUGUUUACAUUGUUUUGCUGUUGUUCAGUGACUUCAUCAAUUUGGAGAUUUUAAAAAAUGCAAUUUAACAGUUAAAUUUAACAAAAAAUAAACUGUUCUUCUCUUGAAAUUGAUGCUUCAUUUUAAAGUAGCAUUUUCAGAUUUUUUUAAAUUUUGUUUUCUUUAAUAAAAGUGGUUUGUUGCUGAGAUCUCAAGGCUCUUGGUCUUGUGCUUGGAAUGUCUGAAAGGUGGAGGUCUCAUGGUCGAGUGCUUUGUCUUGAUCCUCUCUCAGAAACUCUAAGCGGAACUGAGUGGGUCUGGAAGCAAAUCCAUAUGCGUCUGUCUGGA